AUGGAGAGGUCCAGAGAGCGAGAAGAAGAGUGGGAGACAGCCUCUCAUGAGACAGCCGAAGCUUUCAAAACCGAUCAAGUUUUCGUCGAGGAUGCUUUCAGGAACACGCAAGUGCCCUCAUGGACGAACCAAAUAACGCUGAGGGCUGUGGUGACUAGCCUUCUCUUGAGCCUGGUCUUCAACUUCAUUGUUUGCAAGCUCAACCUCACCACCGGAGUGAUACCGUCCCUCAACGUUGCCGCUGGUUUGUUGGGUUUCGCAAUUGUUAAGGCGUGGACGACAACUCUUGCAAAGGUUGGAUUCUUGAAGCAGCCUUUCACCAGGCAAGAGAAUACUGUCAUCCAAACAUGUGUGGUCGCCUCCUCUGGAAUUGCCUUCAGCGGUGGCACUGCAAGUUACUUGUUGGGAAUGAGUCCUCUUGUAGCUAGUCAAGGAGACGGUGGAAAUACGCCUGAGAAUGUGAAGAAACUUUCCAUUGGUUGGAUGAUGGGAUUUCUCUUUGUCGUCAGCUUUGUUGGCUUGUUCUCUAUUGUGCCCCUCAGAAAGAUAAUGAUCCUGAAAUACAAGCUAACAUACCCUAGCGGGACGGCAACUGCAUACCUUAUCAACAGUUUCCACACGCCCAAAGGUGCCAAGUUAGCUAAGAAACAAGUUGCGUAUCUCUUCAAAAGCUUUGUGUUCAGCUUCCUUUUCGCCUUUUUCCAAUGGUUUUACACUGCUAUUGAUGGCUGCGGAUUCGCUAGCUUCCCUACUUUCGGUCUCCAAGCAUUCAACAAGAAGUUCUACUUUGAUUUCUCAUCAACAUAUGUAGGCGUUGGGAUGAUUUGCCCUUACAUGGUGAAUGUAUCUUUGCUUAUUGGGGCCAUAAUCUCAUGGGGAAUUAUGUGGCCAAUGAUUGAGAGCAAGAAAGGCAUCUGGUAUAGUGCUAAUCUAAGUCCAGGCAGUCUCCAUGGCAUCCAAGGAUACAGGGUUUUUAUUGCUAUUGCUAUGAUGCUUGGAGACGGGCUUUACCAUGUGCUCUUCAUGCUAAUCAAAACCAUACAGAGUCUUAUAGCCAAAAACUUCAGCAAGGACUCGUCUGUUGUUACCCCUGAUGUUACUGAUCAGGCUGCUCAGAUUGCAAAUUAUGAUGAACACAGGCGAACUGAAAACUUCUUAAAAGAUCAGAUCCCAAACAAGGUAGCCAUGGGAGGCUACAUUGUACUGGCGGUCAUAUCCAUCAUUGCAGUUCCCUUCAUCUUCCAUCAACUAAAAUGGUAUCACAUUCUUGUUGCUUAUGCCAUCGCCCCUGUCUUGGCCUUCUGCAAUGCCUAUGGUUGUGGUCUCACGGAUUGGUCUCUUGCCUCCAACUAUGGGAAAUUGGCCAUCAUCAUAUUCAGUUCAUGGGUUGGCCUUGAACAUGGUGGUAUCAUUGCUGGGCUUGCAUCUUGUGGUGUGAUGAUGAGCAUUGUUUCCACAGCAUCUGAUCUCAUGCAAGACUUCAAGACAGGAUAUCUUACUCUUUCAUCGCCUCGCUCUAUGUUCUUCAGCCAAGUACUUGGGACGGCAAUGGGUUGUUUCCUGACACCAUUGGUCUUUUGGUUCUUCUACAACGCUUACCCAAUUGGUGACCCCAGUGGCACCUAUCCAGCACCCUACGGUCUCUUAUAUCGUGGAAUUGCCCUUCUUGGUGUCGAGGGUAUCUCUUCCCUUCCCAAGAAUUGUCUGAAUCUUGUCAUCGGAUUCUUCCUUGCUGGCAUUUUUAUAAACUUGGUUCAAGAGUUUCUGAAGCGUUAUGAGACCAGGUUGGGGAUUUAUAGGUUUAUUCCUAGUCCAAUGUGCAUGGCCAUCCCAUUCUACCUCGGUGGUUACUUUGCAAUAGACAUGUGCAUCGGGAGUUUGAUUCUCUUCUUGUGGGAGAAGAAGAACAAGCAGAGGGCCACCGACUUUGCACCUGCUGUAGCAUCCGGCCUCAUCUGUGGCGAUUCUUUGUGGAGUGUCCCAGCUGCUAUUCUAGCUCUUCUUAAUGUCAACCCUCCUAUUUGCAUGAAGUUUCUCUCUGCAAGUGUCAACGCCAAGGUCGACAAGUUCUUGGAUGGAAGCUAGGCAGCGAAGUUCAAAUCCCCCUGUUUCCACCGUAGUGGGUGAUGUACAUAUGCUGCAGCUGCGCUGCUGUUUUCUUUCAGGAUUUUCUAUUAUAAGGUUUGCAGAAGAACUAAAAUCAUGUCUUAGAAACUUGGAGUUUGUGGUUGUAGGCACGUAAUGUGUGCCUUGGAGUUUGAUAGUUUGAUGCAAUCUUACUUCUCAGUCGCCAUUUUGUAUACAGUGUAUCCAG